CUUUUCUUUACUAUAGCAACACAAUGAGCGCUGAUUUGGUUUGGGCUUUGAUCAAGAACAACAACUCCUUCCUCGUGAAGCGCCCUGGUGUCCAGUUCUCUGCGGAGAAGGGUAACUUGUUGAACUUGAACACCUUCAAGUACUCUGGCCUUGCCAACGAGAAGGCUGCCGCUGUCCAGCCUGCUGCCCGUGGUGUCCGCGUUACCUUGAAGAAGGCCAAGAACGCUCAGACUCCCGCCAAAUCCACUCACUCUGUUGUCAUCGCCAAGACUCGCCGUCAGACCGCCAAGUCUGUCGCUAACUUGAUCGCCCGCAGCAAGUACAGACCCGACCUUCGUUCCGCUGCUCUUGCUCGUGCUUCCGCUAUCAUCUCCAGUCAGCAACCCCAGAAGAAGCGCACCCUCCGUCCUGCCAAGGGCCUCCGUGCCCAAAAGCAAGCUGCUGCUCAGGCUUAAAUGGCUUUUUAAUUUAAUUUUUUCUUUCAAAAUCAAAUCAUUUCAUUAUAAAAAACACACACUUGCAGCAUUUCCAACCACCGGGUGGCUUGGCACGAUCCUUUUUGUGGCUUGUUCUUCCUGAUCG